AAUAUUAUUCCCUGGCCCAAUUUGUCAUAUAUGUAAAUUUAAAACUUACCCGUCAAGCCUUUCAAUUUGGGUAUUUAGCUUUGCAUAGCAUUUAACAAUUAAAAUCCAAGUGAACACGCGAAGGACAGGCAAAAUGUACCGAAUGGCGGUCGCAGUGAUGUUGAAGCAGUUGCAGCUGCAAGUCAAUCAGCUGCUGCCGCGCUCUGUCCGCUUUACGGCUGCCCAGUUGCCACGCCCACUGGCGCCAGGACACGAUCUGUUGGGCAGCGGCGAAAAAGCUGUGCCGCAUGUGGAGGAGGUGCGUCUGGUGCGCCUUCAGCUAGACUAUAAGCUGCACAAACUGGAAAUGGGACCCGAUACCCUGGUGGCGCUCACCGAACGCGAGGCGGCGCUCUACUAUCGCCAGCUGGUGGCCAUCCGUCGCCUGGAGGCGAGCGCCGCCCAGAUGUACAAGGAUCGGCUGGUGCGCGGCUUCUGUCAUUUGUAUACGGGUCAGGAGGCCUGCGCCGUUGGGCUGUGCGCCGCACUGCGCCCGCAGGAUAAUCUAAUUGCCGGCUAUCGCAUCCAUGGCUGGGCCUAUCUGAUGGGCGUCACGGCUGCCGGCGUGCUGGCCGAGCUGACGGGCCGGGCGAGCGGCUGUGCCCAGGGCAAGGGCGGCUCCAUGCACAUGUAUGCGCCCAAUUUCUAUGGGGGCAACGGCAUUGUCGGCGCCCAGGUCUCGCUCGGCACGGGCAUUGCGCUGGCCAACAAAUAUCGCAAAAAUGGCGCUGUUUGCUUUGCCCUGUACGGGGAUGGCGCCGCCAAUCAGGGCCAGAUCUUCGAGUGCUACAACAUGUCCCAGCUGUGGAAGCUGCCGAUUGUGUUUGUCUGCGAGAACAAUAACUAUGGCAUGGGCACCAGCGCCUGGCGCGCCUCCAGCAACACGAACUAUUAUACGCGGGGCGAUUAUUUGCCCGGCAUCUGGGUGGACGGGCAGGAUGUGCUGGCCGUGCGCAGUGCGACACGAUUUGCCAUCGAGCAUGCCCAGCAGCGUGGACCGCUCGUCUUGGAGCUGUGCACCUAUCGGUAUGCGGGCCAUUCGAUGUCCGAUCCCGGCACCAGCUAUCGCACACGGGAGGAGGUGCAACAGGUGCGCCAGCGACAGGAUGCGAUCGAUCGCUUCCGCAAGAUCUGCGUGGAGAUGUCGCUGCUGACACAGACGCAGCUGCUCGGCAUUGAGUGCGAUGUGCGCAACGAGAUGGAGGUGGCCAUGAAGGCGGCCAGAAGCGACGCGGAGCUGCCGUUGUCGCAUCUCUGCAACGAUAUCUACGCGAGCAGCCAUGCACAGCUCCAGCUCCGCGGCGUUGUUGGCCACAAUUUGGAGCAUGCGCGCAGCCGCACUGACACUUGCCACGAAUGAAAAACUAAAA